GUUUUGGUUUUGUUGUCUUCUGCAGCUGCCUAAUUUGCAUCUUGCAGAAACUUCUGUCAAGCUGAAAAGUGUUAGUGCUCCACGAGGUGUUGUAAAACUGCCUGUGGGUCUCUUUGUUAGUCUUGACUUCCUUGCCUGCGCUUUUCAAAAUAAUUUGAGGUUUUUAUCGAUCUUAGACGGAGGAAAAUUAAAGAGCUACAUUAUACUGAGCACUCUCAUAACCCCUUCCCCGGCUGAUCCGUACAAUGCACCUUUAUUUUGCAAAAAUAUCAUCACAGAAAACAACUGCCCCGUAAAGUGGCACAGAGCCACAGGCAUUGUUCCCCUUCUAUAAAGUUUGUUACUGUGGCUUUCUUAACUUCCAUCUUUCCUAAUGAACUUUUCGUCGUUGUUCCACCCCGCUUUUGCUAAUUUUAACUGGUCCACUAUUGAUGGCAAUACCCUGAGAGCACCUAAUCCUGACUCAGAUAUAAAAGAGGAGCGAACUAGCGAUGAUGAAAGUGAGAAGAAUGAGACUGCAGUGGGAUGGUGUGACCCCUCCAUGAAUCUGAAUCUCAUGGGAACCAACAACAUGAGAUCCUUGAAGCACUCUGGCUCUGGCCUGCACCCCUCAGGCAGCCUGCCCUGUUUGCCUGAGCAUCACCAAACAGCAGCAGCCGCAGCAUCAAGCCAGCACCAAAUGUUUAUGAGCCCGCAACAACUCAUGCAGCAACAGAUGACCAAGAACGACCCGCGGGCACUCAAUGUGGAUUAUUCUACUGUACCAUCCGUCCCACCAACAGCGUCUGUAAGUGUAUCGUCUACUCUCGCACAACAACACAUGCAACAGCAGCAAAUGAACAAGGAUGAUCAACAGCCACUUUCAGUGAAUUCCCAGCAACUUAUGCAACAACAGCAGCAGAUGAACAAGAAUGAACCACGGACGCUCAAUGUUGAAUAUCCCACUGUUCCACCGACACCUCCUAUAAGCGUUCCAUCUUCUAUAUCUCAGCAACAUUUGCAGCAACAACAGCAGUUAAAUAAGGAUGAACAGGCCCGCUCUGUUGAGUACUCCAACGUACCAUCAGAUUCUUCUACUCCACCUGCAAAUGUCACCUCUGUGGUUUCACAGCAGUCCAAUCCGAGUUCUUCAUCAACUUCCACCGAAACAACAUCCUCUUCCCCAACCACUGUACACACACCGACAUUCAAAACUACCCUGAAACCCAUUGCCACAUCUGAUAAGGUUUACCAAUGUGAUGACUGCGGGCAAUGUUAUACGAGGAAGGGAAAUUAUGUAACACAUUGCAGAAUUCAUACUGGGGAGAAACCUUUCCAGUGCACUGAGUGCUCAGAGCAGUUUACAUCAAGUAGUGCCCUAGCAAGGCAUAAUCGCACCCAUGCUGCUGAGAAACCUUUUGCUUGUGUAGAUUGUGGCAAAAUGUUUACUACAAAUGUAGAACUUAAGGAACAUAUUGCUAUUCAUGCUGCUGAAGGGGGGAAAAUUGUCUGUUCUGAAUGUGGAAAAAAAUGUAUCACUUCAUAUGAUCUCAAAGUCCAUAUGAGAACUCACACGGGUGAGAGGCCUUAUAAAUGCACUGAAUGUGGCAAAAUGUGUUUAACAAGCUCUGAUCUUAAAGUCCAUGUGCGCACACACACAGGGGAGCGCCCUUUUCAGUGUGUGGAAUGUGGCAAACUGUGUAAUACUAGUUCUGAUCUUCGAGUCCAUUAUAGAAUACACACUGGGGAAAAAAUUCACAUAUGUUCUCAUUGUGGCAAAGCUUGUAACACCAGCGGCGACUUGAAGGUUCACAUUAGGACGCAUACUGGCGAGAAACCAUACAAGUGUACGGUUUGUGGUAAGCAAUGCAUGACUUCAAGUGAUUUGAAAGUGCACUUUCGCACCCAUACAGGCGAGAAACCAUACAAAUGCAAUUUUUGUGUGAAGUCAUUUACCACCAGCUCUGAUCUGAAAGUUCAUACAAGGACACAUACAGGAGAGAGACCGUACAAAUGCCUUGUGUGUGGAAAGGGCUGCUUGACUGCAAGCGAUUUGAAAGUUCAUAUGCGGAGGCAUUCUGGUGAGCAACCUUACCAGUGCACUGUCUGCAGCAAACAGUGUAGUACCCUAAGUGAUUUGAAAGUGCAUUCACGAACACACACUGAUGAAUAAAAAUCAUGCAAUAGGUAUCAUGGUAUAGUUUUUAAAGUUUAUAACAUCAAUUAAUACCUUUUAUUUGUACUACCUUACCUGUACGUUUUAAGCAUUUCUGUUUCAGAAAAAAAAAAAUUGUUCCUAGAAUUUUAUCUGUAAAAAACUGUUAAUCAGAUUGGCAAAUAAUCUCUGUAAAAGCUUCUUGUCUCUUUCAUUUAAAAUUAUAGGUAUGUAUUAAAUAAUGCUGAAUAUGUAAUGUUUCUAUCUUCAAGUGCUAAUCUUAAUAGGAUUUGAAAAAAAUGUUUAUUAAUUGCAGUUACUUCUCUUGUAUUUGUCUUCCCUCUAAAUGAUACUGUCAUCUCUGAACUAGUACUUAAUUCUGAAGUGAAUUAUACAGUUGCUCUCGCAAUAAAUUAAUCAAUGCUGAAUUUG